AUGGAUGUGAAUAAUAAUUUUGCUCUUUUAGCUUCUAAUACUAUCAUUCUCUCAUUUUCUUCCCUCUUCUUACACAGAAGAAUGAUGCUGGAUCUUCUGGGACCCUUUCCUCUCUUCCUGUUGCUGCUGGGAUCAUCGGGGCCAGGACUUGCCUCUGGUGCUUGGGCUCAACUCACUGGGUUUCAAAAGUUUAUAAUUAAGCAUAUAGGAGUAGCUCCUGUACAAUGCAACAAUGCAAUGCAUGCUGUCAAUAAUCUUAAUCGGAUCUGUAAGCCUCAAAACACCUUUCUGCAUGACUCCAUCCAGAACGUGUCUGAUACCUGUCUUUUGCCCAACAUACGCUGCAAGGCUAAUCGGCAUAACUGGAAUCGCCAGAAUAACUGCCACCAGAGUGCAAAUCCUAUUCGCAUGACUUACUGCAAUCUCACUGGAGGGACAUAUCCCGACUGCCGCUACAGUACCACUCCCCAGUACCAACGCUACACUGUUGCCUGUAACCCUCCUCAGCUGGGUGACCCUCACUAUCGUCUAGUUCCUGUACACUUAGACUAAGACUAAGGUUUCCAUUACAUUCCCUCUCACUUGGUGCAGUUUCUCUCAUGAUUUCUUCUGCCUUUUCUUUUUCUUUGUUGAUUUCCAUGGUUCCCAUCGAAGAAGAAGGGGAGUGGGAGAAUUAGAGUCCCCAAGAUGCCAGAGCAGAGUUGCGGACAAAAGUGAUCAGAUACUUUUCCGCUUUGGAGCUGUGUUUUGAAAGAAGGCAAAGGAAGAGGGCAAAAAAAGACCCAGGUCCCCUAUUUUUAAUCUUGGAGAUUCUGCUAAGCUUUAUUGCAUUGUGUUCACAGCAAUAAAAUCACUUUCUGUUGCAUUGUAA